AACCUGGGACUUCAGCUUGCAGAUGCCAGCAAGUUAGCCAACCUGAAAGAGCUUCUCCAGUCCUCUGAAGAUAAAGACAAAGGGGCCUGGGACCUGCUGAGCUGGAUUUUAUCCUCAAAGGUCCUGACAGUCCACAGUGCAGGGAAGUCAGAGUUUGAAAAGAUCCAAAAGCUGACUGGUGCCCCUCACACUCCUGUCCCUGUGCCGGACUUCCUAUUUGAAAUCGAGCACUCGGACCCAGCGAAUGCCAAAUUUUAUGAUACCAAAGGAGAACGAGACCUAAUCUACGCCUUCCAUGGGAGCCGCCUAGAAAACUUCCAUUCCAUCAUCCACAAUGGCCUGCACUGCCACCUGAACAAGACAUCCUUGUUCUGGGAAGGGACCUACCUCACCAGUGACUUGAGCCUGGCCCUCAUUUAUAGCCCCCAUGGCUAUGGGUGGCAGCGUAGCCUCCUUGGCCCCAUCCUCAGCUGCGUGGCUGUGUGUGAGGUCAUAGACCAUCCAGAUGUCAAGUGCCAAACCAAGAAGAAAGAUUCCAAGGAGAUAGAUCGCAGGAGGGCGAGAAUCAAGCACAGUGAAGAGGGAGACAUCCCUCCAAAGUACUUUGUGGUCACCAACAACCAGCUCCUGCGAGUGAAGUACCUGCUGGUGUACUCACAGAAGCAGGCCAAGAGGGCUUCAAGCCACCUGUCCUGGUUUUCCAGCCAUUGGUUUACGGUCAUGAUAUUCCUGUACCUGCUGCUGUUGCUCAAGUGAGUGUCAUCAACUCCUCCACUUUCCAACACUUUUGGAAUCGUGCGAAGAGAUAAUCUUUCUGGGCCGGGAGUGGGGACCACCUCCACCAUGUGCCUUGUUUUGUACCUCCCAUGCCCCGCAUCCAGCCAGGUUGAGCCUGGGGGCCAGUUGGGGACCACAAGACAAUUUUCAUAUGCCAUAAAUGUAUCGAUUGCCUUUGAUGAUGCUCCAGCCACACUCCGGCCAAGGGGGACCACUGGGCCCUCACUCAUAGGUUUUGGGGAGCCCUCCUGUCUGCUCCUGCCUAAACAGCCCUAGGAGUUGGCUUUUCCAUCAGGGCCAAAGGACAAAGUCCUGCUGCAUUUGAAAACAAAGUGUCCAAGCUGUCAGUGGUAUGUUUACAAUCGCUCCUGGCGGACGUUGGCCCUUUCUCUAAUGCCUUCUGGAAGACGGAAAAUGCUUAGUGGGGAUGAUAAAUCACUAGGCAGUUGCCUUGUUUUGACUUGAGACCCUCAAGAGGAAUAGUCAUGUUUUUCAUAAAAAUCGGUGGGGAUCGGUUUUUGAAUUCCAUCCACCUUUGUAAGUACAAAACAUUUUCAGUUUUCUCAAAUCAACAAACAGCAUUCUGCUGCAGCUGUAACCCCGUGCCCAACCAUGGAUGAGAAUGGAAGGAGUCAGAGUUCUGAUUAAAAAAUACAA